ACAAUUGAAUAUUUCCGGCAUUUAUUCAAAACAACAUUUUUAUUGUGUUUUGAAUUGUAAUUAAAGUGACAAACAAUGGCAUCAAUUGAUCCCAUUGUCGACCAUAGGAUCACUCAAAGUGAAGACAUAAUCGAUGAAUGCAAUCAAUGCGUCGAUUAUAUGUUGGAUUUGGUCUCAAUGUCACUCAGUUUUGAAAGCACUGAUCCCAAGAGGUCAGACAAUUUGAUGGUCAAUGAAUCAGACGACCAAUUCAUGAUUGAAGCCAAAGAUUUAAUGGAUUAUAUGCUUGAAUUGGUUUCAUCUGCGGUAUCGGCCAACACUGUCAACGGCCCUACUAAUGGAUCCAUGGAUGACGAUAAUGAUAUUGAGAUAAUAGAAGUGGACAAAGCAGAUGAAGAUAAAGAUAUUGAAGUAAUUGAUUUAACUGACAGUCAAACAGAUGAUAGUUGUGAUCUUUGUUUGGUUUGCGGUCAGAACAAAGAGAUCAAGUUUAAGAUCAAAAUGAACGAUAAGAUUCUUAGUUGUUGUUCAAUGGAUUGCGUGGAAACCGUUAAGACAACAGAUAGUUGUUCCGUGUGUUCGGCUCUAAUCACAGGUGGAGUACAAGGAUUUCGGCCCAACUUUAAGGCCAAUUCAACGCUUUGUAAUGAAGAAUGUCUUGUAAAGCAUGACAUCGAUGCCCAACCAAAUACUCAUUGUUUUACAUGUCGUAAGCCAUUAGUUAAAGAUAAAGUAAUAUAUUAUUGGCAAACAAUGGAGUUUUGUUCGGCUGCUUGUGUUCAGACACGACAACUAGUGUUUGGCGCAAAAUGUGCCAAAUGUUCGACUUCUGUCAACAGGCAAUCAUUAGGCAAAUAUUCAGUUCGUUUCGGUGAUGUUAUCAAACAGUUCUGUGUCGGCACAUGUCUUGAGGCAUAUAAAAAGUCAUUAAAAGUGUGUGCUUUUUGUCAGAAAGAUCUCAAGUUUUGUCAGACUAUAUGUAUUGCAACGUUUGGUUUCGGAGAGAAAAUGCGUAUUCGAGAGUUUUGUGACCAGAUUUGUAAAACCCAAUACACAUUAAUGUUGAACUCGAGGAAUGCCGCGCAAACACUCUGCUCUCAGUGCAGACGAGAGUCGGACACGAAAAAUGUUACCGAAUUUAUGUAUAAAAAUAAAAAGUAUACCUUAUGUUCACCGAUAUGUGUGGCGGCAUUCAAAUAUGACAACAAAUUGAAGACUAUAUUUUGUGAGAACUGUCACAAAUACGGCUGGACUAACACUUAUAGCAAAACAACUGUACAUAUCCUUCACUUUACUGGUGCCACUCAUGUGUUCUGUACCACAAAAUGUAUGUCAAUGUAUGUCUUAAAGAACCGUAAGAUUGUUGCCUGUCUUUGCUGUAAAGUUAAGAAAUAUAACUUUGAUUUAAUUGAAAGAUAUGAUUGGGAUAGAAAUGAAUCCCGACUUUUCUGUUCAUUGAAUUGUUUGACACUCUUUGAUAUUGCCGAAGAAGAGACUGUCAAACUUGGACCCUAUAAUACCCAGAAGUUUGUAUGCAAUCAAUGUAAUAAUUAUCAGUGGCCACAGUUUUUCUUAAGAACAGAUAAUAAUGUUAAACAUUUCUGUUCAUAUCAAUGUGUCUUUCAAUAUCAACGACAAUCACUUCCAGAUUCAUUAAUAGCUACAGAUGUGAGAAAUGGAAACACAUUUGAAAAUAACAAUCCUUUAAUGUCGGGUCAAAGCCGAAUGUGGACGCCGUCCAUAUACGGCAAUAAGAAACCGCAGUCAUCACAAAAUGUUACAUUAAGUCAAAUGCAACCAAAUAUAUUGCAAAGAAUAGGUCCUCAAAAUGUGGUUUUUGCUAAUAUCAAUACAACAAAGACAUCAACUGAACCUGUGGUUAGCACAAGCAUAUCAUCAUCUGAUUUAAUAACAAGCAAUACAACUACUGUAACAACAGAAGCAAAUAGUGUUGCAAAUGGUGUCAAAACAAUUAUAAAGGAAAUUAUCAAAGAGACUAAAGAAGUGAUUGUCAAAGUUCCAGAAGCAAAGCUUGUAAGAAAUAAAUGCAUUCAAUUUCGACCACCGAUGCAAACUAAAGCUACUUCUUGUCGACCAUUUCAAGUGGACCAAGAAGUACAGACUGAUCCCAUACCUAAAGUUAUUUGUCCACUUUUACUACCAGUGCCAAUGUUUGUUCCCAUACCAAUUUCAUAUAUGCAACCUCUGGCUUUUCCUAUUCCUUUGCCGAUUCCAUUUUUCUUUAAACCGGAUCCACCGCCUCCUCCCGUACCCGAACCCGCUUUAGAGGUUGAAUCACAAAAUGAAGAUCAAACGCUCAACAAAGUCGACGAUUUCUUUGAUAAUACUUUUGAUAACACAGACUUAAAUCAAACCGGUUCUAAAAGAAAGUCAAGAAACAAUACCGAAGGAACAGCUUCUAAACGGGGAAGAAAAUCUGAGGUAACGACAAGAGGUAAAUCUAGAGGAAGAGGAAGGGGUCGUGGAGGAUCAAGAGGACGAGGACGUGGCCGCGGUCGCAAAAAAGAUGAAUGGGAAACUGAUUCUGAAGAUGAUAUUGAUGAAGAAGCCAUUGAAGAGUCUGAAGUUGAAGAUGAAAAUGAAUCAUCAAAUAGUAAUAGUAAUGCCUAUCAGCCACAGGGUCUCGAAUAUCAACAAGAGUUUCAGCCAGACUUUGGUACAUUAGAUUUAUCAGCAAUUGUUGAUUCAACCAUUUUUGACAACAACACACCCAGAGGUCGUGGAAGAGGACGUGGCAGAGGAAGAGGAAGUGCACAAACAUCAAGUGGACAAAGAGGUCGCAAGAAACAAGAAGAGGAAGAUUUGGGUUCAGUUUUAGAAAGUCAAUUGAGUACAAACACUUCAAAUGCAGGAAUAAAUGCAUUUAGAAUAUGGUUGAGACAAUCACAACAAUACUUUCAAACACAAAAUGUUCUUCAAUUACAUCAAAAUAUAUUGAGUGAAAUAUUUUGUAAAUUUGUUGAAGAGAUCUGUGAAGUUCACGGACAAGAAUAUUCUGCUGAUUAUAUUUAUUUGCUUUGUCUCGAUCUUCAAAAAUAUUUGGCGGAUAAUAAUCGUUUGGAUAAUAUUUUUAUGGAUCCGGCGUACAAACAGUUCAUACAUGCUAUACAUACCAGACUUAUUGGUUACAAUCCACAGCUUACUUGUAUUCAAGAAGAAAAUCUUUGGGAUUGCGGACAAUUAGGCGCUCAUUCGCCUACAGUAUUGCUCAAUACAGUCAUGUAUUUGUCGACCAAAUACUUUCAUAUGACUGAACUCGACGAACACACGUCCUUCUCGUUUUCAAAUCUAAGCAAACAGUGGGCCAAUGAUUCCUCACAAUGUCUUAUAUACCAGUCCUCGAAACGUGGAAGAAGAAAAAGAACGUUAACCUUAUAUGAAAACGUUGAGAAUCAGCUGAGAUGUCCCGUUAAACUAUUUGAGUUUUAUCUAUCAAAAUGUCCAGAAAAUGUCACUCAACGGCGAGAUAUGUUUUAUUUAUAUCCAAUUGAAGGUUGUGUUCCCGAUAGUCAUACCUGGUAUUCAUCGAAUCCAUUGACUAACGCAUCGGUAACUAAAAUGUUGCAAAGGAUUCUAUUUGUCAGAGAAAUUGUUGCCAUUUCUUCAUCCAAUUUAUAA